AUGGAUGACUUCGACGAGCCCUCCGUGCUCGAAUACGCCAGAUCUCGAGGCACUUCCAGAAACCCUCAACAGCUCAAUCCACUGGAUCUCCUCGCCCGGAUUCGCGAUUCUGAGAAUGCACAGUCUCUCUCUUCGACGGAUUCGACAUCGCAGCUCUUCGAUUGUGAGACUUCGGAAUUACAAGAUCUGACAUUGGCUAUCGCUUCGAGAAAUGAGAAACUGAUUCUUGACAAGGACGGUGUUAAGUUCCUGGCCUCUGUCUUACAAGAAGUAACGUCACUACAGCCCAAACCAGAUCACAGAGUGGAAGAUACAAUUUCUCUGAAACUCAACUACAAGCCCGGGGAUGAUCUUAAGAUAGACGUCCCACUGCUCUCGGCAGAAAAGCAGAAUACGUUGAAGACACUGAGCAAGAGAGCCGAUCCUGUCGAGUUAUUGAACGAGAUAGUACCAGGUCUGGCAGAUCGCGAAAGAGCUGGCAUUGAUGAAGGACUCGAAUUUCCGGAUUACUUUUGGGAACUGCCGAGUAUUUUGGACAGAGGUCCCAGCACGGGGAAACUUGAGGCUCCUGAAGGCACUGGGCGGAUUCUGCGCCAAGCUCUAACGUAUCUUGAUGAAAAGAGACAGAGGAAGGAGAUAGAGGAAGUUGUUAAUAGCUCUAUCUUGAACAUAGCAUCUCCUUCACACCUGGCUAUACCUCCACUUUACAUCGAAAGUAAAGAGCAGCGUGUUCACCAUGUGGAACCGGAGUCUCGUCACAGUAUUGACACGGAUACAGGCUAUGACAACGAAGCGUCUGUUGAAGAAGUUGCUACCCCUGGUCUACUCGAAGAAGACAAAUACGAAAACGCUUACUUCUAUAUCGAAAGUGAGGACCAACAUGAACGUAACAUCAUACAGGAGUUUCGUAGUAGUGACACGAAUACCCACCUCGCCAACGAAGUGGUUACUGAAGAAGUCUUUACCCCUGGCUUGCCUGAGGAAAACGAACAGCUUGUCGGAGACGCUCUAUAUACUGACAAAGAAGAGCAGCAUGAGCACGAUACUAUUCUAGACUCUCACCAUAGAGACACUGACACUAACCUCCAUGCAGCGUUGGUUGAAUACGCUGUUACCCCUGAACCGGUUGAGGAACACGACCCGCGAGUCGUAGACGCAGUCACUCAUAAACGAGCAGCAUCUCCACUGUCUACUCACGAACCAGAGAACUUGCCUAAAUCAAAGACAGCGCUCUUGCCAGUGACAAAUCCUCCCGAGUCACUCAGUACGCUGUCAGCAUUCAUGCAAACGAGAUGCCACAAGAAUAAACGUCGAAAACUUGACGUCGAAAGUCGGUACUUUAGUAGCACGCCGAAGAGUAGUACAAUGACUGGUUCAGUCAAAACCGAUACUCUUGAAAAACCAACCGCAUCUACCAUACUGCUAUCCUCUCCCGUCAUUGGGCAUAAUAUUCAGAACCUCAGUCUAUAUCCCAAAUACCAUUCGAACGAGUCUGAUAAACCGCUCUUGCUGAUUAUGUCAACACAUUUACUGCGGUCCGACAGCACCCUUAUUCGCUCGUUGGAAGAUAUAUCGUCUUCUCGAUCGCUUCGACUCAUCUUUCGUGACUAUCAAGGAGCAAGCCCCAGUCAACCACUUGUGAUCGACGAAGCGGAUUUGAUAGUAUCUCCUAUCACUGGCGUCAUUCUUGCGAGCUCUCAUGAAACAACGCAAAAGUAUCUUCCUGGACAGGGACCUCCGGAUAUAGACUCGCCGUUGCAUGCGAGAAUUGUCCAGGCUACACCUAGGUAUGAGAUGCUUUACGUGCUGGUUCGAUCGCCUCUGGAAACAACCAUGUAUAUUCUCUCGUCAGUAAGAGAUCUAACAACCUAUUGCAUGUCACUCAAUCGUGUAUGCAAUAUCAAGGUGCUGCUCAUUGCUACAGAUGAUGUCCUCGAUUGGAUCCUGUCCAUAGCCGCAAAACAUACCAUGAACCCUGAUCUCAUACCUCCUUUGAACGCAACAGAAAGCAGGACAACUGCUCCGCAUUUCCAUGAUGAUCAUACACAGUGGGAGGUAUUCCUUCGAAGCGCAGGACUUAAUCCUUUCGCUGCUGAGAGCAUCCUCGCUGUUCUUAAGACAAGUUCGGCGCAAUUCGAACUUUAUGAAGACGUCGAUCAAAUAAGUCCCCUUUCCAGAUUUGUCGAGAUGCCCUGCCGAACCCGGAUGGAAAUGUUCCAGAACCUUGUAGGGCAAAGAGUCAUCUCAAGGGUCAACAAGGCGCUUGAUAUGGACUGGCAGAUCGACUGGGCGGUUGAUUUGAUGUGA